CUUUGAGGGUGCUCCAGGAGGCUGCUGCUUGCGUUCCUUGGAGCCCUUCUGGCGCCUCACAACUUGGAAGUCUUUAGGGAGAGUGAGUGAGCUAACGCAAAGCAGAGGAGGUGUGUGUUGGAGGUGGGCAGUCCCUGCCGAAGCUCCAGCGGUGGGUGAUCCUUUGUACGCAGCGGUAGCCGCUAGUCUGGGCGAGCAGUCCCGGGCAUAAACCCCCCGGAGCCACCAUGCCCGCGCCCCCGCCUCGCCGCUGGCUUCCCUGCUAGGAGCAAGAAGGGAUUUGGUGAAUGCACCGGCUUCGCCCAGCGAGAGCAGGACCCUGCGCGGGCACAGGGCGCCGGACACACCAUGGCUGAUGCAGACGAGGGCUUUGGCCUGGCGCACACACCCUUGGAACCUGACUCAAAAGAGCUACCCUGUGACUCCAAACCCGAGAGCGCGCUGGGGGCCCCCAGCAAGUCGCCAGCGUCCCCGCAGGCCGCCUUCACCCAGCAGGGCAUGGAAGGGAUCAAGGUGUUUCUCCACGAAAGAGAACUCUGGCUGAAAUUUCACGAAGUAGGCACGGAAAUGAUCAUAACCAAAGCUGGGAGGCGGAUGUUUCCCAGUUACAAAGUGAAGGUGACGGGCCUGAAUCCCAAAACGAAAUAUAUUCUUCUCAUGGACAUCGUUCCAGCAGAUGACCACAGAUACAAGUUCGCAGAUAACAAAUGGUCUGUGACGGGCAAAGCGGAGCCUGCCAUGCCCGGCCGUCUUUACGUGCACCCGGACUCGCCGGCCACGGGAGCGCAUUGGAUGCGGCAGCUGGUCUCCUUCCAGAAACUCAAGCUCACCAACAACCACCUGGACCCAUUCGGGCAUAUUAUUCUAAAUUCCAUGCACAAAUACCAACCCAGAUUACACAUCGUGAAGGCGGAUGAAAAUAAUGGAUUUGGCUCAAAAAAUACUGCGUUCUGCACCCACGUCUUUCCUGAGACGGCCUUUAUCGCAGUGACUUCCUACCAGAACCACAAGAUCACCCAAUUAAAGAUUGAGAAUAAUCCCUUUGCCAAAGGAUUCCGGGGCAGUGAUGACAUGGAACUACACAGAAUGUCAAGAAUGCAAAGUAAAGAAUAUCCCGUGGUUCCCAGGAGCACAGUAAGACAAAAAGUAGCCUCCAACCACAGUCCUUUCAGCAGUGAGCCUCGAGCUCUCUCUGCCUCAUCCAACUUGGGGUCGCAGUACCAGUGCGAGAAUGGUGUGUCUGGCCCCUCCCAGGACCUCCUGCCCCCACCCAACCCAUACCCACUGCCCCAGGAGCACGGUCAGAUUUACCAUUGCACCAAGAGGAAAGAUGAAGAAUGUUCCACCACGGACCAUCCCUACAAGAAGCCCUACAUGGAGACGUCGCCCAGCGAGGAGGACCCCUUCUACCGGGCCGGCUACCCCCAGCAGCAGGGCCUGAGCGCCUCCUACAGGACAGAGUCAGCACAGCGGCAGGCCUGCAUGUACGCCAGCGCCCCGCCCCCCAGCGAGCCGGUGCCCAGCCUGGAGGACCUCAGCUGCAACACAUGGCCCAGCGUGCCUUCCUACAGCAGCUGCACGGUGGCCACGGUGCAGCCAAUGGACAGACUCCCCUACCAGCACUUCUCGGCCCACUUCGCCUCGGGGCCCCUGGUCCCCCGGCUGGCUGGCAUGGCCAACCACGGCUCCCCGCAGCUCGGAGAGGGGAUGUUCCAGCACCAGACCUCCGUGGCCCACCAGCCUGUGGUCAGGCAGUGUGGGCCGCAGACUGGCCUGCCGUCGCCCGGCGGCCUGCAGCCCUCCGAGUUCCUCUAUUCUCACGGCGUGCCAAGGACCCUGUCCCCGCACCAGUAUCACUCGGUGCAUGGGGUUGGCAUGGUGCCAGAGUGGAGUGAGAACAGCUAAAGCGAGACCUGCUUCCUCGCAGACAGUGGCUAGAGAGAGAGAAGAGAAAGAGAGAGAGAGAGAGGGAGGGAGGGAGAGACAGUAGCAG